CAGUCUUUGAAUCAAGUACACUAUAAGCAGAGUCAACUCUUAACACAUGUUAUUACCAUUUUAUAGUAAAAAAGCUACUAAAUUUCAGAUAAUUUAAACAUAUGAUCAAAAAUUGUCAGUUACUUUACAUAUAUUUAAAUCCAGGUUGAGUGUAUCCUCUUAUCUAGGUAUCUGACAGUCUCUCCCAGGGGAAUUCUUCAGUCAAAUUAGAAAGUGCAUGAAUGUGAAUGCAUUUAGUAGUCAAGCCUUUACCCCUGAAAAAUUUCAGGUGGUGCACCGAAGUUGGUAACAUGGUACAUAAGCAGUUGGAGCUUUACAUUCUACUCUCAGGGAAGGCCUUUUACCAAAGACUUUUCUAGAACUCUCUUGGUAAACCAUAUGUUCAGCCCAACAGGUAGACCAAAGACCAGAACUGUGUAGGGCAUGUGAGUCAUUUUCCCUUUCUCCUGGCUGUGGCAGGCACACACUACCACCCACCUACCGCGUGCCACCUGGACAUGUGACUCAGGGCUCUUUUUUAGGAAAUGGAGACCUGGUGUUCAUGGCCCCUGACAAUGCGCUCUGAUCUUACGUGUGUCUGUGAGGUCACUGGUCGCCUACCCAACUCUGACCCAGAGAUAUUAGAUGUCUUGCAUCUGACCUACCCCAGGACAUAUCUGGUUGGAGAAAUACAACUAUCCAGCCUUGCCACGUUGGUGGGGAGUUUUGCUGCUAAAUCCAUCUCGAAAAGGAGGUGUAGAGACAGCGUGAGGCACAAAUACAAUAAAGUGUGGAAAGGAAUUUAUGACAAGUCAAAAGCCCGAGAGACUAGUAAACUCCGGAUAAUUCCUUCAGAAUUUGUCUUUUUAGCUAACUACAGGAUGCUCGUUUUUUUUUUUUAGGAGUGUGCAGGGUUUGUUGCUUCGUCUCCUGCCCACCACACCAGUGCAUCUGAAAAGGGGGCAGCGACAAGGGAAAGGAACACAGGGGUAUUUCCCUAUCCUGGCUAGCCAGGUCCUGAAUCAUCACAAGCUGGUAGCACUUUCCUUCAGCAAGUCACAACUUUCCCAGGAAUAACACGAUCUUGUACUUAAAAGGAAGAGUGGUGGGAGACCAGCGAGGCGAAGGGGAGGGGGGCGUGGAGCGGCCGUCCCGCCCCGGAAUCCUAGGCGCCGGGAGGCUGCAGCCCGGAGGCCGCGGGUCCAGGAAUGCGCUGUUCAGGCUGCGGGCGCGGGAGGCGCGCCCCGGGCAGGGGGAGGCGCAGCUGCGGAGGGGCGGGGCGGCGCGCACCUGGGCGCAGGGGGCGGGGCGUAGUCGGAACUACCCCCUGCCCCCGAGGCGCACGGAGUCGGCUCUUUCCGCCCCGUUUCGGCACCGCUCGGCUUCCCCCUCUCGCUGGCUCUCUGCCUCCGUACUGGGACUGCUGGGGAGCUCAGGACCGCAAGUUUGCCGCGGCUCGUCGCGCGUCGGAAGCGGAGGGCUCACCUGAGCACCGCUCAGCCGGGCGCCUCGGUCCACCUACGCUCCCCGGAGAGCCGCCGGCGGCUACGGAGCUCGCUGGUCCGCGCCCGGGGCCGUCCCCCUUGCAUCCUCCCGCCGCGGGCCGGAGGCGGCGGCAGCCCGGACGAGCGGCGUGAGGGGCGCCCCCGCCGGCCCCUGUGGGAACAU